GUCAACAGCGAGAAUUUCACAAACAAAAUUUUGAAACACCUACAUCGGCAGGUGCUGAAUCCGCUAGACGCAAUUUGCAAUAAGCCCAGGCGGGAUGCCAUUUGCGUCACACAGUUGAGAAACGCUAAAAAAGUAGACCAAGCGAUACUGCAAGAGCGACCAGACGUCAAAAUUUUCCUGCCAUUUAGGUUCCUGUUUUGGAAACCACAAGAUUUGUUCAAACCGAACACAUAUGGUCGUUACCUGGCUGCAUUGGGAGGAGAUCACGUUCUUAGUUUAGUAGACGAAAUAUCCUUCAACUUCCCCCAGUCUCCGCCGCUAUCUCAAAUCGAAGAUAUUCCCCCAGAUCAGUUCUGUAACGGAGAUAACAGACCCAUCGACUGUCCAGCGGCCUGCAUGUGCACGCAUCAAGUUGACAUACCAUUGAAUGCCAUAGUCGAAGUAGUAUUGGUAGACGAAGUUCAAUCUCCCAACUUAAGUCACCCGUUCCACCUUCACGGCUACGCUUUUAACGUAGUCGGAACGGGAAGAUCGCCGGAUCAGAAUGUGAAGAAAAUCAAUCUCAAACACGCAUUGGAUUUGGAUCGAAGAGGAUUGCUGACGAGACAGUUCAAUUUGCCGCCCUCGAAGGACACCAUUGCGGUUCCCAAUAACGGAUACGUUAUUUUUAGGUUUAGAGCGGAUAACCCAGGAUACUGGUUAUUCCAUUGCCACUUUUUGUUCCACACUGCCAUAGGAAUGGACCUCGUAAUACACGUGGGGACCCAGAAAGAUCUACCGCCCGUACCGCCCAAUUUUCCCCGAUGCGGAAACUUCCUACCUCCAGUUUCGUUACACUGAUAUCGACUGAAAUAACUUUGAGUGAAUGCGCGGUGUAAAAGUGUUUGAGUUAACCAUUUCUGUUGCCGAAUCAAGAUUACAUAUCUGAACGCGAGAUAUAUUCCGUUCCAAAAGGUAUAAAAAACGCGAACUCAACCCAAAAAGAUUAUGAACGUCGUGUCUCCAAAGUUCGAAAGUUAAUUUAUAAAUCGACUUUCUAUUGGGGCAAUCUUUUCUAGAUUGACUGAUAUUUGGGAAACAGCAAAAUCUGUCACCUUCGCGUUUUCUUUUACUAGUAUUUGGGGCCCAACGUAUCUUUGUGUUCAAUUUAUUGGCCUGGCAUAAGGAAUUGGUUGACAUUAUUUAAAUGGAUCCGUUUUAAAAACGGGGAUACUCGAAUAAUACCGUUUAAGCAAAAACCAAUCAAGAAAUAAUAUUAAAAUCUUUAAUAAAGUAUACCUUGUAAUUUGUUCAGCAAUCAUUCUGAUAAAUUAAAACGACCAUCUUUCUAUUAUCUUACUAGUUAAUUUAAUAAUAAUAGUCUACCAAAGUGCCGUUUCACAUUGGCUAUUUUCCAGGAUUUAUGCGACCACAGCUAUAGCGCUUUUGUAUGCAAAUAAUGGUUUUUAAAUAAAUUUCUAAUUCCCCGCAAUGAAAUUACCCCCCCGUUAUUUAUUUAGGUAAAUAGAUGUUAAUUUUCUAUGUACAUAAUAUAUUUAGAGACCUGUACCGGACUUGCAUGGUUCCAACCAUAUUACGUAAAUUUAAACUUUUGAACUCUUAAUAUUUUGAGCAUUGCCCAUCUAGAAUUUAAUUACUAAAAUGUCAAUGUUGUACAAAGGAAGAAAUA